CCGCUGCUCGUUGAACACACUAACCAACCAACCAACCAACCGUUGCUUCGGUCCAGCCACGGUGCAGAUCUGCACCGUUUGGCAGGAGAUCUGGACUGCGGCUCUGUCCCAGUGCGUCAUUCAUUUCCUCGAUGUGGUCUCUUGCGAGGCAGCAUGAGCCAGCGCCGCUCCCCUGGACCGAAAGGGCACUCAUUUCGCUGGAGAUCGGCUCGGCGCAGCUCAAGCAACUACCGCUGCCCACGCAGAGCAUCGACUACGAAGCCUCCCCCUUGACCAUUCUGAUCACGCCACGAUGGCUCUUCGGGACUCUUCUGUUCCUCGUCUUCAUCACUUGGGAUUACGUCUACGCGAACGCCAAGGUGCGGCGCAUCCCUUCGAGCCCACUCUUCCCACAGCCCCUCUCGUCGGCGUAUUUCCAGUUGGUGUUGGGCUACUGUGUGGCCCUGCUUGCUGCUACGGUGAGGACGGACAUGCACGCGGCGGAGGCCAAACACGUGGUGUGGCGUGCUGUGUGUUGUGUUGUGUUAAUUGUCAGGUCAAUGACUGGAAUCUGAUCACGUACAAAGUGGUGCUGCGGCUGUUUGCCAUUUUUCUCGCCUUCUCCACGACAACCUUCACAUUCAUGCCGUGGCCAGGUGGGCAGCGCAGCACACACAUACAAACAGAUAUGUACGGGACUGGGGAGAUGCAAGGUGAGAGUGCGCUCAUCGGUGGGUGGUUGGCGCAGGUCGGUGGACGCCCUUCAAUGUCCCGUAUGAGCGGAUGUUUGCAAUGAUCUUCUGCACGCUGGGGUUCUUCAUCUGGCGAGCCACCUUCCGACCUAUCAGACACAUACUCAUCCUGGACUUCGUCCUUGUGCAAGUGAGAUGAAAGCCGAAACCGCCUCGCUUCUUUCCUUAUCAUAUAUAUGCCUGUCUGUCCGUUUGUCUGAAUGCAGUCUUUUCUGCAUGGCGGGAGCAUGGUAUUUGAUGCAGUCCAUCAGCCGGAGGUCUACCAUCUGUUCGGCGACGCGCUUGUCCACUUCGGUCUCUUCUUCGUCCUUCUGGCUAUCCGCCCGGCAUUUGGAUACCUCCCCGACACCACAGAUGGUGGGCACAGCCUGAUGUGGUUUCUCCCUCCUUCAUGCCCUCGUGUUGUUGUGUUCAGAUUUUGCCCUGUAUGGCUCGUUGAUGCGGCACAUGCUGUCGGCCGAGUGGGGCACCUGUCCGCUCCAGCCCAAGAUCGGCUCCCUGAGCAAUGCCCGACUCAUCGACCCUCAAUCGAUGGACGAGGACGACAUGGACGGCCACCCUGUGUCGGCGUCUCUGCACCGAGAUGCCGCGGUGAGGGAAGGCAGCAGGAGGAAAUCAACCGAGGGCUCUUUCGGGCAGACGGUCAUCGAGACUGCGCUCUUCGGUGCCAUUCUUGUGGCCAACUGGGUCCUUCUGUGGGCGUACGGCUGGGGUCAUGGUGUGACCUCUCUUGUCGACUACGCACGGACACAAACACAUCAAGGGGGAUGAGGGCGAGUAGAUGGACUGACACAGCAGUGCUUGGUCUCAAGAUGUAGAUAUCCAGACGUGUGUGGCUCUUCAUGUGCAUAACGCUGAGGUGCCCCACUCCAUCCAAUUCCAUGCG